AUGCAAAUGACUAAAGGUUUCACUGUUUUCUUUCUUCUCAUCACAACACUUGACUUCACGACUGGCUCUUUGGCAAAGAAGUUGUUUAAAAGGUGUGAGACAAUCUGCAACCCAUCACCGGAAAACCCCGUCAGCCUUUGUACAUACUUCUGUGGAAUCCUUGCGUAUGGAGUAUAUUAUGAAGGAACGCCAUGUUGGUACUGGCUCGGCAUGGGAAGACUCAUCAAGAAACAAGGAGAGUGCAACGGUGGGUUUUGCAGAUCACCCUCUGCCACACCUGAGACAUCUCCAGCAAAGAAACACUGCAGUCAACACUCUCAUGAUGGCUAUUCUGAAUUGACUACGGAGGCACAAGUCACCGAUAACGUUACAGAAAUGUUUAAUACAACUACAACAUCUACCGAAAGAACCGAGAAAAAAGAAAGUUUGCUACCUAGCGAUGAAGCGUCACAAUAUGGAACAUCAGGGGUGACAGCGGAAGACAAGAAUAAAAGUAACGCGAUUUCAGUAUCACCGAACACAAAUCGCCAAGACACAGAGACAACUCCAGGAUCCAAGGUUGCAACAAAACGCAAGGUCGUAACAUCUUACACUGUUUCCUCCAGCAAGAAGCAAGACAAAGGAAUAUGUUAG